AUGCGUGCAGCUGAAGAAAUUGGUGGAUGAGAAUACAAACGCUCUUCAUAAUUUGAAAAAAGCUGAUGAGCCUGCGCCUGUGGGGAAUUACAACCAGAGGAAAGAAGAAGAAGAAAAGCUGUUGCUAAAACUCUCUCAGCAGCUGCAGAAACUUCGUCUUGUCUUGGAUCAGGAUAAUCUGACUACGAAUUUUGCAGUGGACGAGGAACAUGGGAAAGGUGCUCAAACAGAAGAUGAGAAUGAAGAAGAGGAGGAGAGCGAAGAUGAAGAAAGUAGUGAGGAGGAAGACAGUGAAGAAACUGAUGAGGACCAAGAUAAACUAUUGGAUGAUCCGAACGUUAAAGAAUGUAUCGCGGUUGGAAACUUCAGCGCGCAGCAGGAAGGGGAUCUCACGUUUACGAAAGGUGAAGUCCUACUUAUACAUGACAAGAAGGCAGAUGGCUGGUGGGUAGCCGAAAAUUCCAAAGGGGAGAGAGGCCUCGUUCCUAGGACCUAUCUCACGGUCCGUGAUGAAGAAGGCGAAAGCCAAGAGGAAAGUGAAGAACACGUAGAAAUGGUGGAUGAAACAGCAGAUGGAACUGAAAUCAGAAAAAGAACAGAUUCCCACUGGAGUGCUGUAAGACGAGCUAUCACAGAGGAUGACACAGCGGAGGUACUGGCUGGUACAGGAGCAAUUCCUGCAGGAUUCCGCCUAUCCACACUUUUCCAGCUCUUACAAGAAGGCAAUCGGUUUCGAGCAAGUUACUUUUUGCAGCCUGAACUUACUCCGUCACAGUUGGCUUUCAAAGACUUGGUGUGGAACCCUGAAAAAAAUACGAUCUCUCCUAGACCAACUCGAGUGUCCCUGAUUGUUACUUUAUGUAGCUGUAAAACAAUUCCUCUCCCAGGAGUCAGUAUACAGGUUCUCAGUAGGCAUGUUCGGCUCUGCCUCUUCGAUGGCAAUCGGGUGCUGAGUAACAUCCACACAGUGAGAGCUGCGUGGCAACCUAAAAGUCCUCAGACAUGGACCUUUUCUCCAAGGGUAACCGGCAUUUUGCCCAGCUUGCUCGAUGGUGACUGUUUCGUCAGGUCCGACUCUCUGUCUUCAGACAUCGGUGUGUUAUUUGAACUCGGCAUCACUUACAUCCGCAGCUCAACAGGUGAACGAGGAGAGCUAAGCUGCGGCUGGGCAUUUCUGAAGCUUUUUACUUCGAACGGGAUGCCUGUUCCUUCCAAGACGCACGAGCUGCUGCUGAACGGCGGUACUCCCUACGAGCGAGGCGUCGAGCUUGACCCGGCGCUGUCAAGGAGAG